AUGGCUGCCACAGAGGAGCAAAAUCUGGUCCUAGGUGGCCAGGACAAAGCUGGUGAUGGGGCAGGCCAGGACCCCAGGCCCCUCGGGGUCCGGGGGUCACCUUCAGAAGGGAAGGGCGGAGUCGAGGAGGGUGCGGCCUUCCUGCCUCCCGGAGAGGUUUCCAGAGCCCUUCCUGAAGAGGAGGAUGGGCAGGAGGCCACCUGGGCCGCAGAAGAGAGCUGGGUUGUAAAGCUGCUAGAAGAGGAGGAAGAGGAAGAAGACAAGGAGGAAGACGAAGAUGAGGACGGGGACGAAGACGACGAAGAAGAGGACUUCGAGUUCGAGUUUGGGGACGAGGACGACUAUGAUUACCCAUCUCAAGAUUUCGAAUUUGAGUUUGGGAACCAGGGGGGGUCUGAAUAUGAGUCGGAAGAGCAGGACGAAAACCAGGAAGACAAUCAGGAGGAAGAGGAAGAGACUGAAGAGGAGGAGGAAGACAGCAAUGGCCAAGAGGGCCCACAAGUCCUCCCUGCGGGUGCUCCCGAGGCCCCCGUGGCACAGUUUCAGUCCCUCUUCAGGACUCCGGUCCAUUUUCUUCUGCACCGUAUCCAUGAUAACGACCAUGUCCUGGUUGGGCCCCACGAAGGCUGCGUGGUGGUCAGCAGCCACUCCCGGGAAUCCCAGGACCCUGGAGAGGGACCAGCACCCCAGGAUCAGGAGAACCCGAGAGAGGAAGCAGAGGUCGGGGUGGGUGAGUCCCUGGCAGAGGGCACCUCGCCGCCGGGGCUGCAGGAACCAAAAGAGGGGGCUGCAUCCAAAAAGGCCGGGGAACCUACAGCAGAGGCCCAGGUCAAAGAAAACGAGGCCCUGGGUGAUGCCUCUGAGUUCUGGGAGGCUGGAGCCUGUGCACCCGCCAAGGUUCAGGUUGGCGAGUGGCCGUCAAGUCCUCAGGCCCUUGCAGCUCCCGUUGGGGCACCCAGCUCAAAGGCAGGCAGUGCUCAGCACUUGCCUUUAGCGGUGAAGCAGCAGGUCCUCGCUCUCAAAAACCUUCAGGCCCAAUAUGCGCAAGUAGAAGCUCAGUUCUAUAAAGAUCUUCACGAUCUUGAGGAAAAGUAUGCUGCCUUCUACCAACCUCUGUUUGAUAAGAGAUCGGAGAUCAUCAAUGCAAUCCAUGAGCCCACAGAAGGCGAAUGUCAGUGGCAAGUAGGUGUUCAGGAAGGCGGGGCGGGGGAAAUGGAAAGAGAGCCUGAAGGAAAAGGGCAAGCAGAUGGCAUACCUCACUUUUGGUUGAUGGCUUUUAAAAAUGUGAAGACGCUUGGUAGGAUGAUCCGAAGAAAUGAUGAGCUUGUACUACAGCACUUGGAAGAUGUAAAAAUUAAAUUUUCGGAAGUUGAGGAACCAAUGAGCUUCACCAUAGGAUUUAUCUUUAGGUCAAACGAAUACUUUUUCAACAAAGUCCUGACGAAAACAUACCGAAUGCGAUCAGACCCAGAUGAUUCUGACCCCUUCUUCUCCAAAGGGCCAGAAAUUAUCGGUAGCACAGGGUGUGAGAUCUACUGGAAAGAGGGAAAAAAUGUCACCGUGAAAACUACCAAGCUGCGGAAAUGUGAGGGCCGAAGAAGUGUAUCAACCACUAGGAAGAUGCCCAGCUGUUCCUUCUUCACCUACUUCUAUCCUCCUGAUUAUCCUGAGGGCAGAGUACUGGAUGUGGCCACCGAUUAUAAAUUGGGCUAUUUUUUCCGUGAAGUUCUGGUCCCGAAGUCCGUAUUAUUCUUCACUAAUGAAGCCAGUGGGUAUAAACAUGAAAGCUCUGAUAAUGAGGUCCAAGAAGCUGGAGGCGAGGAAAAGAAAGUAGAAGUGAUGAGAAGUGAAGAACCUGAAAAAGGACCUGAAAAAGAUCUGGACCCAGAAGAGAGCAAUCCCUGAGAACCCAGAUAACGAUAAAACGAUGUGAUCGGCUUUAAAAACUC